AUGAAGUCACUGCGAUUCCUUGCUGCAGAGUGCUUUGUAAACUCUGGUCCUGCUGCUAUGGAGAACCUCACAAGUGUGUCUUUUAACCUCUAUCCACUUCUGUUUAAAGCAUGCUAUCUUCACGAGCAGGCCGAGUUGCUUCAUGCUCUUGUCCAGACCUGGCCACUGCCUGAACUCAACCUGCAAAAACUUCUGGGAAAGACUGCAGACUGUCAAAUGGACCUCACUUGCAGCACCUGCCGCCUUUGUCUAGAGGCUGUAGUAACUGGUCUCAAGGCUUAUGUGCUGUGUCCUCCUAAAACAUAUGCAAAAGUUCUUCAUAGAGUGGACCUGACAGCUUUGAGGGAUGUUGAACACCAGAUCUGUCCCUGCAAGUCCACUCUAGGCCGAUGGGCAAGAACACUGCUCCUAACCCAAAUGUGUUACGAGACAUUGGUGGCGAUGCAAGACAGCAGCGUAUCUCACACUGCCUUUGAGACCUCCCUUGAUAUCCAUUUUAACGGCUUUGUCACAGGUCGCAACUAUGAGCCGGUAGCCCAGGCCUUGCUCCUUCUUCGCUGCUGUCCACUAAAGCUUCAUUUUGAUGGUUUUAGAGCUGACUCCCUUGCUCUCAAACAGCUGUUUUAUGUUGUUCGACUAGCAGAGCCCGAGAAUAUGAUUAAACUUGAAGUGGUACACAAUGUUCCCCUUGAGGCCGCGCACCUGGAAGUCCUACUGUCCAGAGUAGAGUUUCCAAACAUUCAGUCUUUGACUCUGCCGGCCGGAGCUUUUGACGUGAGGAGGAGUUUGGAUGAUGCAGAGCUAUUAGACACAAUCGGGAAGCUCCUGUCAAAGCUGACCAAACUAACUGAGCUGUACAUGGGAUUCUCUACACUCACAGGACAACUGCGCAGGCUACUGCACCCACUGAAUACACCACUGAAGUGCUUGGAAUUGGCUAACUGCAGCUUGAGCCGUGUGGACAUGACUUAUCUAUCCAACAGUCUCCACAGUGAGAGUUUAACUCGUUUGGACAUCAGCGGACAUGACAUCUUCAUCCGUUUUGCCACAUCUUUCCACAAACUUCUCAGCCGCUGUUCAAACUCUUUGGUCAGCCUUACAGUCGAAGAGUGUGGGAUAGAAGAUGAACACAUGGGAGCUUUUAUGAAUGCUCUCGCAUGCUGUCAAAACCUGGAGGAGCUCAAGUUCCUGGGGAACCCUCUGACAGCCACGGGUCUGAGACAGUUAUUUUCUGUCCUAUCUGGAGGUUUUCCAAAAUUAAGGUACAUAGAAUUACCAAUCCCUCGUGAAUGCUAUCCCAUUGAUGUCACAUAUCCUCUUGAAGAUUCUGUUUUAAUACAGUACAACAAUGAGCUGUUUCAGGUAGUUAGAAGUCAGCUGAUUGGGAUUCUCGAAGGGGCAGGUAAAGGUGAUGUGGAGGUGUGCACACCUCUUUUAGGCGCUUUUGAUGCAGACAUUAAUGAAACCAGCAAUGAGCUAGGAGUAUCCAUGUUAAAAUCAUUUAAUUCGGUCAUUGGGACAUUUAUUGGUACUGUAACCGAAGUAAACAGCCGAAGAUCACAAUCACAUAAAAAUGACUAACCUUUAGCGCUGGCCAUGUGUGUGGGCACUCUGGGAAAUAAAUAAAUGACUUAUCACAGUCACAAGUGUCUAAAUCAGUUUUAAGCUGCUAUGUUAAUGUACAUAGGCUUAUAAAGCUCUUUAUUUAUUUAAUGAUACCA